AUGCUCCAAUCAUUAUCACAAAUAAUUCGAAACCGAUUGUUAUGUUUAUUUUUUAAUGGGAUUAGAAAAGUACAACUGUGCAAAUGGAUUAUUUGGAGCGGACGGAGAAAUUAUGAAAAGCGAUGGCAACAGUGGUUUCAUUGGCGACCGCAGUUUCUGAUGGCUGUUUCAGCAGCCAGUUUUUCAUUUCAGCAAAAUGGAAUCUCAGAUGAAAUGAUAUUGGCAGAAGCAAAGACGAGUACCGAUAUUGAUUGCGAGGAUUGGGAAAUAGUGCGUAAUGAAGAAAAUUCCAAAGUAUUACGACGGUUGCAUGUUGAUACGGGUUUAUAUGAAUUUCGCUGCUCUGGUUCUUACGAUGACAUAACGGCCAGUGAUUUUGUGGAUGCUCAAAUGGAUUUAGUUUUUCGGAAGAAAUGGGAUAGGAAUGUUGUAAAAUUGGAGCUAGUCCGGAAAGAUGAUAAUACCGAUUCGGAGCUUAUCCACUGGAUUUCUAAGUUUCCCUAUCCAUUAUACCCCCGUGAAUAUGUAUUUGUGAGACGAAGAUACAUUGAUGAGAGGGAUCGUUGUAUUGUGAUAGCAAAUUGUGCGAUAACAGAUAGUGCUAAUAUUAUUCCACGAUGUGAAAAAAAAUAUGUUCGCGUCGAAACAUAUCGGUCAAUAAUGAUAGUUCGAGCACAUAAAACUUUUGAUUGCAAAGGAUUUGAUUAUAUUCUUUCAUAUUACGACAAUCCUGAAAGUAAUAUACCGAAAUAUGCCUACAAUUGGUUGGUUAAUUAUGGUGGGCCAUAUUAUCUUCAUCAGGUUCAUGACGCUGCAAAGAAGUUAGAGCAAAAGCGAAUGGAAGUGUCGAUUAACACCGUUGAAAAGAUGGAAUUUUCGAGUAAAGCAUCGAAUGAUGAAAAAAAUGGCCAGCAAAAAGCUGAUUCGGUAAACUUAUCGACAGUGUCUGAAGGGGAAUCGAGAUCAGCAGAGGAAAAUUCGAAAACAGUCAAUACUGAUGACCUCGAAUCUAAUAUAUUACCUCUAAAUGUUCGAUUGUACGACAAGAAAUCAAUAUUUUCACCUGUGGAGGAGUUUUUUGUUUUUAUUGAUUAG